AUGAAUCCACUUAAUCCGUACCUCAGCUACAAGAGGGAUACGAGUCGUCUGAUUUUCUGGGUCAUCCGCGUGUCCAACACGAUUAUCAGAACUGCGAAAAUUCUGCCGGAUGACGCUCCGAAGCACCCCAAUACCACCGGCGAGGUGACUGUCGCCUCUCUUGUAGCGCUCUCAAAGCUUAUUGCCUCCCGCAUCAAGCCUGUGCCGCGAUCCAUUCUGGCCCUUUUCGACUCUGUGAUUCAAGCUCGCACGGAAUCUCACGAGACCUUUCAGCAGUUCAGCUCGACAGAUCCUGACAUUGAGCGAAGUAAUGCCUCUCACAGACACUUCAUUGACGCUCUGGUGGAGGCCUUUGAUGCGCUGGGCGGCGCAGAAUAUAUCCAAGAGCGCGAUGUGAGGGCUACGAAAGAGGCAGAACAGCGCCAAGCUAAAAUGGAGGAAGAUGUUAAUGAGUACUAUGACGAGAAGGAAGACUUGGAAGACGCCCUCUUCUCCAACAGGUUUGCCGCUCUCGGAUUGGAUGAUUCGGAUGAUGAUGCCGAGAGCGGAAGUGAGGCGGAACUGGAGCAGGGACAGGCUCCCAGACGACGCCAACAGAGACGACCGGCUGGUAAAGGCAAGAAAGGUAAAGGAAAGGGCGCCAAGAAGAAGAAGGGCACUCGCGUUCAGCAGCCGCCAAAAGCUACCACCAUGGACGACAUUCCGGUGGACCUGUACCGCUUCACACACGACUCAGCAGGCGAAAUGACCGAUUACCUCAUCGCAGUUUAUGCGCUCUUUCAGGAAAUUGCAACUUUGCGUUGCUAUGUGCAAGCUCAGUGGCGCGACGUCGCCUACCACGGCAUGAAUGCGGCUAUUGCCGGCGCCAUGUCGCACAUGGCUGUCAACUUUGUGCAGCGAACCGCCGCAGCCAUAUUCCUCGACUUUCCGGGCCACGACUCGUACGAAAAGGUCCUCGAUCAUGUCACGCGCGGCGACAUUGCCAAUGUAGAAGGAUUAUUCACAGUUGUCGUACAUCCCAUACCACAAGACUGCGACCUCUCCCACGCCAACUUGGAGCAGCAUUUCGCCUCGACACAACCGUUGAAGCACCAAUGCAUCAACAUCAGAGAGCAGUUUCUCGUCCACGCUUUUGACGCACUCGUCGAUUUUGUUGUCGAUUACCAAAAGACGCGGAGCGGCAAGCCUACCAAGGCGAUGCUUCAGGAAAUUAAUGGCUGGGAUCCCAGGUUUGAUAUUGAGUCCGCCACCGAAGAGCAGCGAGUGAAAUGGCGGCGUUCUUUUACCAUCAACUGGCUCUAUGACGUCGUCAAUGUGUUUUCAGCGGUCGUGAUACAGCGAAACCAGGAAGAGAACAAUCGCUACCCUCUGGAAGAGGUCGACUGGUCCACGAGCGGACCGUGGGACAUUUAUAAACGCGUGUACGGACUCGGCGAAUUUGCCGGCUUCGUCACGAGCCUCUGCUUCCAGAAGCCCGGACACGACUUUCGCUCUCGAAUCCAGCCUCACCACGUCUUUCAGCUUCAGUGCAUUGUCGACUCAAUGGCCAUGUCGCGCGGCUGGAUUGCCACUGGCCUACUGGGUCACAACUUUAGAGAUGCUCCCGAAGACUUUGAUGCGCAGCGCGAUAUCAAGCAGUUCCUCGACCGUGAGCAAAAGCGAGUGGGCCAAGGUUUCCUACAACCUGUUGAUCUUCUCCGAAACUUGAUGAUCAAGGACGGAAUGGUGAACAAUGAUCCGACGCGCCACGAAGCAAACUACGAGCUAUUGAAAUCGCUUCAAAACAACUUUCAAAUUGCUCUUGGACGAUCAGAGUACUUGAGGGCGGGCAACAUUAUACCGCCAUCACGAUUUGGCUCCAACGUGGAUGGCAUGUGGGACUAUUGCCCGUAUCUCUGCGGUGUCGGGCUGGAAGAAGCCCUGCGAGAAGCCUUCCACCGCUGCCUCAUUGUUAUUGACAAGCUCCCCGAGCCCAUGCUGAUCCUCCACCUGCACAACAUGCUCGCGCGACGCGGCUACAUUACGCAAAACAUCAGCCUCUUCUCCGGCCUGCAGGAGCUGUGGUCCGAGGCGCUCUACAGCGGCGGCCAGCGCCCGACAAAAAAGUUUGCGCAGGCGCUGCGCGGGCGGAUCCAAGAGAGGCGCGUCGGGCACCCCAAGACAAAGGCCAACGAGGACUUUUGGACGCUCCGCUACAACCUCUUCUUCCGGCGCGGGUCGUUCCUGCUGCAGCUCAACGCGGCGGGCUGGAACCCGGACCGCAUCCCUGACGCCGAGGUGACGGUGCCGUCGACGCUGGCCCUGCACCGCAUCAGCCAGAGCCGGCCCGUCACGGACCCUGCGACGGGCCGGAAGCGCAUGGAGGACUCGCUGCUGGUCAGCCGCGCGCGCGCGCACUUUUCCGAGGAGCAGCUCGUCGAGUCGGUGCUCGAGGUGCCGCGGCGGCGGCAGGCGCUCCGGGGCCGACAGCACCACCAGCAGCGGCAGGUGGACAAGCAGAAGCACCCGCACAACUCCAUCAUCCCCGACGGCUUCGCGCAGGCGAGCCUUGCGCGGGCGGGCGGCGGCCGCCCGCUCGGCAUCGAGACGACGGUGCUGGAGCUGCUGGAGCUCGUCAAGCUCGAUGUGUGGUGCGACGUGCGCGGCACGGCGCCGCUCUCGGCCAUCAACUACGUCUGGGUCAUGAUCCAGUCCAUGAUGCUCUUCACGCAGUGCGAGGCCGCGCUCGAGGCCGCGCAGAACCCGUUCUACCUGCGCGCGUACCGCGAAGGCACCCGCUGGGCCGACCGCAAGCGCGUCGGCUUCACGUACCUGGCGCUCGAGGACGCGGCGGCCGAGGGCGACAACGAGGAGUGCCUGCGCAUCCUGGCGCGCGAGUUUGAGAGCCCGAGGGCCGGGUUCCUGCAGCACUGCUACUGGGACGGCCUGGACCUGGAGGACCCGGAGAAGCAUUUCGCGGAGAGGGGCGGGACAGAUCCGUUUGACAAGUGCACAGUCAUGUAG